AUGGAGUCAACUUCUCAAUCAUAUAUCAAUAAAGAUUUGCAUCCAAAAAUUGAAACAAUGGAUACUCAAGAGUCACACAUCUUCAUUGUUCACAUUCCAGAUGGUUUUACAAGAGGGGAUAUUGGUGCUAAAAUUGAGUAUGAUUUUGGAAGGGUGAGAGUUUUUGGUGAAAGAUCAAUUGAAUCAAAUAAAUUUAUACGUUUCAAUGAAAAACAUCAAGUUCCAACACAUUGUGAUAUUGGCAAUAUUAUAGGUAAGUUUGAUGGAAAAACUGUCACUAUUACAAUGCCAAAUAUUCUAACUAAAGUUCCUCAACAAAACACUUCUCUUCAAGAACCUAAGAAAACAUUCAUAGAGAAAGGAAAGGAAAUGAUCAAUGAUAAAUUCGGCGAAGAUAGCGAUGAUAAGAGCGAUAAAAAGAGCUUUCGUGAAUCGACAAGAACAGGAAUCAAAGGCAUUGCUUUAUCUACUACUCAAGCUGUAACUAAUUAUGCAAAGAGGUUCAAUGAAGAAGAUAAACAAUGGUUAAUUUACACCAGUGCAACGAUUCUUGUCGUUGCACUCGGUGUUUACGCUUCUUACAAGUAUCGUUCCUCGCGUAGACCAUAA